AUGACUAUUGCUGCAUAUGCGUAUGAAACAAAUGAAGCAAGAAGAGCACAUGAACUAGUAAACGAAAACUCAACUUUAACAGUGGAAGGCAAUGAUUUAGUCAUUGACGAUGGAAAAACUAAAAAAGUCAUUGAUUUCGAUACUUUUAACACUUAUGACCCAUUCAUUACAAUAAGUAAAGUUCCUAUCAUAAAUGAUGGAACGGUGCAAUAUAUAAAUUCUACAGUAGAUGCCUCAUUAGUGAAAGUAUUAAAUGUUCUCAUUGAAUUGUUAAAGAGCUUUCGAUUUGACGACAACAUUAAAUGCUUAAAGAAUUUAGUCAUGAAUGAGAAACAAAUUCUUGGCGUUGCUGGUAGCAGUAAUGAUGUACACCUUAUGACAUUAGAAUAUUAUAACGAACAUAAAGAUGAACUGAAAGGAGAGAAGGGUGACACCGGACCUCAAGGACCUCAAGGACCACAAGGAAUACAAGGAAUACAAGGAAUACAAGGAAUACAAGGACCUCAAGGCGAGAACGGUUUGGAUGGUGUAGAUGGAAAGGAUGGAAAAACUGCUAAAUCAUGGAUAUGGAACCUUAUAAAUACUGGUUUAACAGCUGCUUCAUAUGGAGUUCUUCAAUACCAAAUCGGAAAGAUAUGGGCGGUACUUGGUGAAGAAGUUUUAAAUGACGUUAAAAAUGCUUUGAACUUCAUUUCAAAUGGUUCGGAUACUAUUAAAACUUUAUCUGGUUGGAUGCAAGAAACAAGGA